UAAAAAUAUUUUUUUCAGGCAGUAAAGAAUUUAUCGAAAGUGUUUCAUCACAUAAUUUACCACAGCAUCAUCAUAUUUUGUAUGCUCAUUGUACAAGAUGCUUCUAACGUGACAAAUGAUCAGUAUCCUUUGGUCACAAUUCGGCCAAGGCAAUUCUAUGGCAAAGAAGUCAAAAUUGGCGAAUUAAAACACCAUGUUUUUAUAAAAAAGUUGGUAAACAAAUGGAAGAUGAUGUACAGGGCGAUAUGUUCUGGAAACAUCAUCACGCAGGAAAGGGUGCUGACGUCAUCGCAUUGCUUUUUAACGAAUAGGAAGAAGUACAGGCUUUCCUUAAAGUAUCUGAAAGUGGUGGGGGGCACGCUCAGCACAUACCAACAGCACCCCAUGCACGACUCCAUACAGCAAUGGCGGUCGAUAAAGCACGUGUAUUCGCAGAAAUUUUACAGAUUUCCAGCUUACAAUCUCGCUGUAGUAGUGGUGGAGAAACCGUGGGAUUUCAACCAGUACGUAAACAAAAUACCGUAUGCGUCUAAAGACCACGACUUUGAUGGAAUAUGUAUGGCUAUAGCCGUGAGGUCUGUAAAGAGUUGGUCCACAUCCAAGAACUUGUUCUCGGAGGAGUUCAGGAUGAUAAAGCGGUUCGAUUGCGAGAGGACUCUCCUCAGGAGUUGCAGACUUUACUUCUGCACAGGUACCGAUACAAGCAAGUUGCUGUUAGACUCUAUUGAGUCCGAAGGUGGCGGUCUAAUUUGUCACGGAACCGGCGACCCCCAAGAAGUGAAUGAGGAGCAAGGCCUGCUGGUCGGCGUGACGUCACUCAUCUACACGAAGCUCCCCACUCUGCACCACAAAGUGGGGCUGUUCCACAAAUGGGUCACCGACGAAGCUCACACGAAUGUAGAGGUCCAUAAUGUGUUAAUGUUGUUUUGUUUGCUCAUUAAAUUGUGUAUUUAUUAA